AUCCGUUAAACCGAAGAAACCUAAAGUAAAAUCAAAACACUCUCUCUUCUCCGUCUCCUCCGUCUCACUGUGACUGUCUCCAAAGCUUCAUACUUUUUUGUAUUCGAUUUCUAAAAUCAUUGUGGGUUUGAACAGGCCUGAUCAAUAUGGAUGAGGAGGCAUCUCGGACUGCAAGAGAGUCGCUAGAGCUUGUGUUUCGCAUGUCAAACAUCUUGGACACGGGACUGGACCGGCAUACUUUGUCAGUUCUCAUAGCUCUUUGUGAUCUUGGUGUUAACCCUGAGGCUCUAGCUACUGUUGUGAAGGAGCUUCGGCACGAGUCUAUCCCCGAUUCUGUCACAACCACCACAUCAUAAUUCCUACACCCUCUUCAGGUAUGCAAUGGGUUAUACCAAACGUAAAGGAAACUUGAGGAUUCUACAACUCUUGUGGUUGGUAUGUGAAUGUUGUUACUACUUUUUGUGUGAUUAGAAGAAAUUUGUAUGGAGGAAUUGUAAUUUCUUUUAUUUGUAUGAUUAGCUUUGUGGAUGAAUUAUAACUUCUUUUUAUUUUGCAUGAACGGUUCAAAAACA